UUGUUGACGUAAUCACUUGGAUGAUCAGUGGCGUUAGCAGACGCGAAAGCAAAUUUUGUUUAAUGUUUAGGCGAUUUACACCAAUUAUAUUGUCAUUGAACCAUAGCGAGUAUUUUAAACGUUGUAUCUGAUCACAUAUGACUUAACAGCAAAAAGGAGAUUGCAUACAUUCAAAGCGUGUGGAAGGUUGAUUAUGAUUAAUUAUAAAUGUAAGGAUCAGGCUACGCAUCACUGUCAUUGAAGCUCUUCUUCGUGGAGCAUCUGAAAGAAAGUCUGUUGGCAUACAAAUGAGUUAUUAAAAGUGACUAGAGUAGCAAUACAAGAUGACUGCUGGGCCUUUGAUUGUCGAAAUCAUCUGUACAUGUCUUCUGGCUGCUUACCUCUUACAUCGCUAUGGCGAUCUUAGGAAGCAGCACAUCUUUACAACUCUUGCUACAUUCAUUGCUUGGUAUUUCUCUCUGAUGAUCAUCUUUAUUCUCCCAUUGGAUGUUUCACUGACAUUUUACCGUCAAUGUGUGAGUGACAACACUCCUUCACCAUCUACCACCACACUUGUCACAAGUAAUAUAUCUCAGCCAUUGGAAAUCUCCAUUCCUCCAACAAUUUUACCAGCAGCUUUGAUUCAAAGCAAUGUUAACAGCAGUGAUGCUGAAUCACUACCAAAUACUGGAGAAGCAGCACGACUUUUUGAAGAUGUUGAUAAUGAAGCACAUCACAUUUGUGAACAGCCAUUAAGCUAUGUCCCUGACUAUGUAUUACCUGCACUUUGGCGUGUCAUCUACUGGACUUCACAAGUUUUGACAUGGUUGCUUUUGCCCAUGAUGCAGUCAUAUUCCAACGCUGGGGAUUUUACUGUUCUAGGAAAAAUAAAAUCAGCACUUAUUGAGAAUGCCAUAUACUAUGGAACCUACUUACUUAUAUUUGGCAUAUGCCUUAUAUAUGUUGCUGCUCGUCCAGAUGUGGAUAUUGAUGGUGAAAAGUUGAAAAUCAUUGGUGUGACAGCCAGCAACACCUGGGGACUGUUUGUGCUAGUUCUUAUGCUUGGCUAUGGCUUGGUAGAGGUGCCACGCUCUGUUUGGAACAGUGCCAAACGUGGUCAGAAGCUUUCCUUGACCUACUUCAAGAUUGCCAAGCUAAGUACUGAAAGGACAGAAGCCAAUGAAGCUCUUGAAGAUGUCCUGGAAGAGGUCAGAAGAUGUACAGAAAAGAUUCGCUAUAAUCAUCCACUUCGGAAACACUUGGACACUAUUCUGGCAAAGUGCCCUGAAAGCAUCCAUCAGUCCCUGCGAACGACUAACCUGGAUGACUAUGAAGAUUAUGGGCCAUCAGCUGCUGCUCCUGAUGUGUCGGUGCCCUCUUUGGUCAAGCUGCAUAAACGGGUGAUUCGAAGUCUGCAGUUACAAAGGCGUACAAACAUCCAGUGGAACAACUUAAUGGCCACAGCUUGCCUUGAAGAGGUUGAAGAGAACAUGCAUGAUACAUCCCAUCAGUUUAAGGGCUGUCAGGAGCUGGUCCACCCACUAAUCAGAGUGAUCUACACACCUAGGAUUGAAUGGUAUUGGAAAUGCGUCAUUCGGCCAUGGGUGUACAUGGGAAUAGCUCUGGUGCUGAUUGUGCUGUCUUUCAUGGUGGUGUGGUCAGAAUGUCUUUUUUUCAUCAAGACCCCUGCGCUUUCCCUGUUUGCUGUCUUCAUUGAUCUAGCUCGCAAAAACUAUGCCUAUGCCUAUAUAGAGCUAGCAUCCAUCUUGACAAUUGCCUACCUAUGUUUCUGUGCAUACUCCAGUGUAUUCAAGAUUCGGAUUUUGAAUUACCACUACAUUGCUCCACAUCACCAGACCAAUGAACACAGCCUUAUAUUUACUGGCAUGAUGCUUUGUCGCUUGACACCACCUAUGUGUCUGAAUUUUUUGGGCCUCAUUCAUCUGGAUAGUCACAUCACUCAUGCUUACAACAUCGUGGAGACUUCUUAUACCAAGAUCAUGGGUCACAUGGAUGUGAUUUCAAUCAUUUCUGAUGGCUUCAAUAUCUACUUCCCAAUCUUGAUUGUGCUGCUGUGCAUCUGCACCUACUUCAGCCUGGGCAGCCGUGUGCUGUCCCUUCUUGGUUUCCAACAAUUCAUUGGUGACGAUGAUAUGACCACAGAACUUGUAGACGAAGGACGAGAGCUUGUCAGAAGAGAACGGCGGAAAAUUGAACGCAAGACAGAGGGGGACAACAGAAGGAAGAUGUGGACUGAAAGAUUUGGUAACGGCUCACCAUCUAACAAAGAUGGAGGGCCAUCAAGUGAAAGAAAAGACAAAUACCCAGUAGGACGCAGUACUGAUGAGAAUGACCGCACAGAACUUCUACGCCAGGUGGAGCCUAUUGACUACACAGAAGAUCGUCCAGACCCUCUUGCAGAAUACACUCGCUCUCUUAAGGAGAAAUCUGGUUCCCAUGGUUACCAGUCACAAGGAUCUCGCUUUGGUGCUUCGAGAACAUCAUCAAGUAUGCCUUUGCGAGGGAUCUUUGAUGAUGUUUGAUGAUCAGAUGAAUGUUAAAAUGAAAAAAAUGUGCAUGUAAUUCAUGUUCAUUUGUUCCUGUUCAUAUUCAGACAGCCCCUAUGAAUACAUUUAUUUGUUAUAAACUGGAUUUUGUUUUAAAAUCCACCAUACUUGGGACCACCAAUAUUCAAGAAAAGUUCAGUGAAUACAAGAUGUAUUUUGAAAUUUUCUUCUAAGUUUAAAGUAUAUAUAUUAUAUCUCUUGACCAUCAUUAUUUAACUAUGUGCUACAGACAUUUGGCAUUGCUGCUUCCACAAUUCUUUCAGUCCAAGAUAAGCUGUCCUAGGUUCAGAUCUUGUCUCAGGUACUCUAUACUUUACUGCCUAUUGCAGCCCUUUUGUGGAUUAUCUUCUCCCUUCUUUUCUACCUACCCUCUCUUCAUCACUGGUCUAAAAUAAUAACAUAUCUUGAUAUCUUUUACAUACAAGAAGGUGGACCAGAUCAACCGUUUUCAACGUUUUUGUUGUAGAUGAGAAGGCAUUGAGGUAAUUUUCAAGUCUAAGAAAACACCUGGUUUAUAAUUAUAAUAUCUACAUUAUUUAGAUGUUGACUUUGUGAAUAGAGUAAUCUAUAUCAUUUUGCUGGAACUAUUGCUGUGCAGCGGAGUAAGACAAAAUCAGUCUACUCGGUGAUGAGCAACUUUCAUUGUAGAGACAGCCUUUUAUUGUUGUACAAGUGCAGACAUGACCGAUUUUAAUCUUUAUUACUUCAGUUGAUAGUUGAGUGCUAUCAUGCAUCACAUGAAGUUAAGGAAAAAAGUUUACGUUUGUUUUAUUUUAAUCAGAAUCUCUUCUGGAAUAAAACCCUUGUGACCACUUGCUGCAUUCUAGGGGUUUGUGAAACACCCAAUUAGAAAAAAAAACUAGUCUAGAGGGCAUUUAACAUUUUUAGGUCAUCAUAGUAAAUACACUGCCAUUUAUAUCAUAAAGUAAACUGUGCAAUGUUUAUUGUUUUUGUUUUUAAUGGAAUCUUUUCUUUUUUGAAGUUUUUGGUUGUGAAUUAUGAUUGAUCAUACUCAGCUGUCUGAUGAGUGGCUCAGUACACAGGUAGGGAUGGUCUAGCGAGAUUGUGUGCAUAAGAUAAUAUUAAAGUUUAUUCUGCCUGUGGACUAUCUACUUACUGCAAGAAAUGCAAACAUAAUGUCAAUAUCACAAAUUUAUGUUGACUAUAGUUGACCCAGGUUAACAUAAACAAUCCCAAAAUUAAAGCAGGGUCAUAUGCAUGUCAGCUUUUUUCUAUAGUGGUGGGUGAUUAAUGUAAAACAAUGGAAUUAUUUAUACAAGUACACUUUCUUAUUGUGUAAAAUUCUAUUGAAAAAAAGAUGUUUUGUUGCUAAAUUCAAUAAUUGUUGCCUAGAUUCACCAUGGCAUAAACAAUAAAUGCUCAUGCAAGCUUCAUUACAGUUACAGUAAGGACAACACUGAAUCAACUAUAUAUAUAAAAACUACUUUGUAACUUUGAAACAGAAUUUUAGAGUGUGGCAGACAGCCACCCACAUAUGUACAUCUGUGAUCUUUAAAGAAUUAUUUAGCAUGUUUACAUUCUGAAAGCCAGCUGGGAGCACUAACCACUUUACUGUACCCUGUUGUAUGGUUGUAAUACUGAUGACUUGUGAUACUUGUACUGCUUGUAAUAAUAUUUAUAAUAUAUAUAUAGGCCUCUGUCUGUGAUCCUGUAGGGUUUCACAGAGCUUUUGUAUUGAUAGUCCCUCAAAUUUCAUUUCUAUCACAUAUAUUAAAUCAUUUUAUUUUUGACUGCGUUGAUACAGGUUUCAGGAACCCAAUGUUUUGAGCUGGUACCAUGUUUUAAUUGGCUUUAAUUGACAAUAUAUUAAUCAUGGAGGAUUUUUUCACACUUGAAAGGAAAUACUUUCAAAUAGAUGGCUGCGCAACCAGAAAUUUUGUUCAGAGUAGGCCAUGCUGCAUGCUUCUUUAGUGCUUUCUAGAUUAUCGUAAAAUACUUGUCUAAAGAUUGUAACUAAUGUUUGUGCAUGCAAAUGAUUUGAUUUUUAUUUUGUUACUUUUGUGCUACGGUAUGCUUCCUGCAAGCAGAGUGAUAAGUUUUAAGCAUCACUGAGGGAUUUCUUACAUUCUCAUUAUCAAAAAAAAAUUUUUAAGGUUUUGUUUUUCUUAUGAUGAUUUUAUGAUAUUGGCAAAAACAGUUACAUUCCAUCUGUCUGUAAGUAAAACUGUUUUUUUCAGUCCUCAACCUGCCAAAGCAAUUAACAGAAAUGUAAUGUAUUUCAAAGCAUUAAUAUAACAUGCAGAAAUGGAAUGUUUAUCUUUUUUAAAUAGUAAGACUCAUCACAUUCACAAAUGGCCAACAGUUGUCUUAAAAAAGAAUUAGCAAAGAAAAAGUAUUAUUUUUAAAGGAAACAAGAAAGUAGCUUCCCUUGUUUUCUUUUCACUUUGUGUGUGAGAGAGAGAUAGUAAAUUUUUCGUAGGUGGUGAAACACAUCUUCAGAUACAGAAAACCACAUCAUUGUAGGCCAUUUGAGAUAUAUAGACUGCUUCACACAUACUAGUUGUGAUAAUCAUACAUGAAAACUGAAGAUUCUGCUUCCCUAUCCUGUCCUACUCUCUCUUUAUCACCCAUCUCUACUUCAAGUCCUUUCACUGAAAAUUAAUUGCUUUAGAGGUUUCAACUACUUACUACCAGCAACUAUUUCAUUUCAUUUGCAUGUUUCAAUUUUCAAUACCAAUGUCUACAUCACAGUCAUCUUAACUAUUUUGGAUUUAAAGACAAGAAAAAGGCGUCUUUAUAAAAUUUUUAUCUUUAUCUGUUUUGAAAUUUGUUUUGAAUAUGUUUUUUGUAUGAUUAAUUUUGUUAGAACAGACUUAUUUGUGGAAUUUGCAUCUGUUGAUGUUUCUUAAAUUUGUCUAAAAUUAUUUUUUUGUAUAAAUGAUUAAUUUAGUACAGUCAGCCCUUUUCAUUUGAAGGGUUUAGACACAUGACAACCCCAUGAGUGUAACUAAUGCUGAAAAAGACCCUUGGUGCCCUCAGACUGUAGCUUUGUCACACUGUUGACCACAUCAAAUACACAAAAAUGCAAGUCAAUGCUUGUGCAAUGUCUGUUUUUUUCAGUUUCUCUUCUUGGACUUCAUUGUUGUUUUUUUUUAGGAGUCCCCCUCCCAAAAAUGAUAUUAUAUCUUUUCUUGAUGUAGAAAGCACAGUUUCAUUUCUCUAGUGUAUGUCAGGUGUGUUAUUCUGGCUCAGACUGUAAUGUGCUAUGCACAUAUUGUGUGUGUGAGAGAGACCAAGCAUGCCAAUAGUGUAGGUGAGUGCAUCAUAAGCAUGUACAAAUGGGUUAAAAUUGUUACUGCUCUAGUGUAUGUGUUUGUAUAUGGGUGUUUUAAAUAAUCAUAUAGAUUUUAUCAGUGCUGUUGUUAAAUAAUGUGAUGGAUCAAAUAUAUGUCCCUUGGUUGAGCUCAGUGAAUUUUCUUACAUUUGUCAUGUGUCUUUUAUAUUCAUAGCCUUUUCAAAGGAUUUUCUUAAGUUUGCUAUUGUUAGACAUGUUUACAAUGAUUAAGAAGGCUAGGGGAACAUUUUUAAUGGUUUUUCAGGUUGUUUGAUGUGGGUGUACAUCAAGUGGAUCAGUGUAGACAUUGUAGAAAUUCAUUAGGAUAUUACCAAGAAUUAGAUGUGUAUUUGCAGCUUUCCUUGUUUGUAUACCUUUAUUAGGUAUUUACCUUUUGCCAUGACAAAAAAAGGUGAGAUUGAUAGACUUAUUUUGGUUUGGCCAUGUUUUCAUUCCAGCAUAAUAAGCUUUGUUGCUUUCGUGCCAGUACCACUGUGUAAAUUGACAGCUACAAAUUGAUGUUAUUUUGUGUACUGUGGGUUGGUAGGUAGAUAACGUAAAGAAAAUAAUUAGCUAAUACACACUUAUAAUAAUUGUUCUGUUCUGGAUCAAUGCUGAAUUAAAUUUUGCAGCACAGAA